AUGGAGCAAAUCCCGAUGAAGCAUAAUAUUCCACACGACGAAAGGCCAGUGGUGACCGACAUCGACGUUACUGAAGUCGACAUCGAGGCCUUUAAUCCCCUGCGGAUUCCCGCCAAAUAUAAAUGGACUGCACUCUGCCUCGUCAUUGCUCUUCCCAUAGGCCAUACCUGGACAGGCUCAGCCCUAGGCCCACUCAAAAACACUCUGCGGGAAGAACUCGGUAUCAACAAUACUCAAUUUGGUGUCAUCAGCAGUGCAGAUGCUUUUGUCAACACCAUCUUUCCUAUUGUCGGAGGCCUGAUUCUGGACUGGUGGGGCCCUAACAUCAUCACGCUAUGCUGUACAAGUGUUAUCCUUGUCGGAUCUGUUGUUACGGCUGUUGGCGUCCAGAUUGGACUUUGGAGGCUGCUUGUUUCUGGGCACGUACUCAUGGGUUUUGGCAUUGCGGUUUUAGAUUCCGCGACGCAAAAGUUCUUUUACCAUUGGUUCGGUGCCUCUAGCCUUGCUUUGGCAUUUGGACUAGAGAGCGCUAUUUCUAGCACUGUCGGCCUCGUCUCUGGCAUGGUGGCCAUCCCAAUCCGAGAUCGUACUGGCUGGUAUGGCUGGACGUUCUGGAUCCCAGUUGUCUUUUGUGGACUUUCUUUGGCUAUGAACAUUGCUUACGUUUGCUUCGAGCGAUUUGCGGUUCCGACAAAGUAUAGAUUAACACCAGGCCGCGACGCAGCAAUCACAAAUAAGCAUUUGAUGUACAAGCGCAACUUCUCCUGGAAACUCUUAUUGACCCUGCCCUGGGCAUAUCUUAUGUUACCAGCCACCCAGUUGCUACAGAGCGGCGCAGCUGGUGGAUUCAGUACCAGCUCGGCCGAUAUCAUAUUUCUGAAGGGGUACACAGAGGAAGUGGCGGGCUAUCUCUCGACAGCACAGAAGAUUCUUCCGAUUGUGCUUAGUCCAGUGCUUGGCUUGGCUAUAGACAAGUAUGGCCAUCGAUUUCACUAUGUCGCCGCAGCUCCAAUCCUCUGGAUCAUUGCUUGUUCUCUUCUAGGCUUUACCAACGUGCAUCCCACCGCGGCCUUAGUUUUCUCCAGCUUGGCGGGGGUCAUUAAUUCGAUGCCUUUGCAGAUCUGCAUACCUCUUUUGGUAGCUGAUCAAGCCAAGAUAGGGACUGCAUUUGGUGUUUGGAGAGCAUUCAAUAACUCAGGCUCAACUAUUAUGGAUGUUGUCUUUGGUGUUCUACAAGAUGGAACUGAAGACAACGGUUACUACAAGGUUCUACUCGUUGCCAUUGGCAUUAAAGCUUGGGCUUUCGUGUUGGGUGUAUCAUAUAUCAUUAUCGACUACACACUUUUGGGAAAGGGCAUGACCAUGACGCGGGUCCAACGCGAGGCAAAAGAAGCCACAAUAGUGGAUCGCAACGUAGAUCCCUUAACCCGCAGGAGGCCGAAGGCUUGGUUUACUACUCUGACUUUUGGACUUUUAGUCGCUAUCAUUGCAAGCGCGUGGGCGGUCUUUCUUAAAUAUCUAAUUUGA